AUGAAUGAGGCAGGGAAAUUUCCGACCGAUCGGCGAUCGCAGGCUCGCCAGCUGAGCGAAGCCGAUCAAGGGACUGUCGACUGUUGGUUUGAGGGGACCGAGAUCGUGAUCGGAGAAUUGGUGGCGGACAAUCCACAGCGCCAAGCGGAGUCGGUUAGAGACAUCCGAGCGACGGAUCUCAUUGAACAUUCCAUCGGCAUCGUGCCAGACGCAAAACCAGUGAAGGCGAAAAUGAAGAGAUACACUCAAUAUGAGCGAGAGUUCGCUGCCAAAGCAUUCCCCGACAUGGAGGAUGCCGGAAUCUUAUAUCGCAUGGCUUCACAAUGGGGAGCGCAGACACGAUUCAUCUCAAAGAAGAAUCCUAAAGAUCUGAGGAUUGUUCACAAUUUCAUCCCCAUUAACAAGUGGUCCAUCGGGUCUUCAUAUCCAGUCCACAACUUUGAUGAGGUGGUCGACGUUGUGUUGAAAUCAAAGUUUUCAACGUAUUUCACAGCAGACGCAUCAUGCGGGUACUGGGCUGUUCCGAUCAAGCCGGGAGACGAGUUCAAGGCUGUGGUGAUCACUACCCAUGGCCAAUACGCACAUCGGAGGAUGGGAAUAAGCCUGAAAAACGCCAUGCACACGUAUGCCCAAUUCACCGGCAUGGUCUUUGGACAGUUGCCGGGUUCGGAGGGAAAUUCCAGACAGGAUUCUACUAUCGGAGAUCAUAGAGAAGCUGGAUUUAGCCCAUUCGUGGAAGGUCACCUGGGGUCAGCUACGCCAUAUGAGACCUUAUUCCGCUUCCUACAUGAGAAAUACUUCCCUAGGGUGGUGUUCGGCCCAGUUUAUCUGGCCGAAAAGAAAGUCCGAGUCUUCGAGUCCUCGCUUGAGGCGGUCGGAUUUGAGGGGAGCCGCGAGGGUAUUCGCCCAUCGCUUCGUCAUAUGGAAAAGAUCAAGGACUGGCCAACGCCAACAAACCGGGAAGAACUUGAUGGGUUCCUCUGGUUGACCCUAUUCUUGAGGCGGUUUAUACCAGGAAGAUCGGACCAUGGGAUGAUCAUGAAGAGCGCGUACCUGGAAAUAAAGUUCCGGCGAAACCUUCUUGUUCUGACAGGAUCUUACCAAGAGAAGAAGGAAGUCGCCCAAGAAAUUGAAUGGGGAUGGCGGAGAGCCAAAAGAGGUCCCCAGAACCAUACGAACGACAUGGGCUGA